AAUGCAUAAAAGGUCAGUAUAAAAAUGUUCAAACCAAGCUUGAAAGCGACUAGCUACGUUUAGCUAUACUGUUACAAACCAUGGCAAUGGAAUCAGACCGAUGUGCAUUAAUUGAAGCUGUCAACCAGCAGGAAGGAGAUACCGUGCGAUCUAUGAGUGGGACAGAAGUACCGAUCUCUAGAGAAGUUGACAAACAAUUAAUAGAUGACAUAUACGAACAUUGCACAGAUCUCAACAUCCUAUUGGCAGGAGUAUCGGGCUCAGGGAAAUCAUCGUUAGCAAAUGCAUUAGUUGGAUUGGAUCAGAACGUAUUCGAAGAAGGUGGGAACUUAGAUCAUUGCACCGAGAAUGUUACCUCCAGAAAGGGUACAAAACAGAGCAAAAAUAUGAAGAUAUGGGACACACCAGGACUUCUAGAUGAAAUAAACAGCGAUGAAAAAUACUUAAACGAAAUUAAAAAAAUUGUAGAUACAUUCGAGCCAGGUGAUCUAAUUUUGUUCUGUAUUGAAGUAAAAUCAAGAUUUCGAAAUGUCAAAACAAAUGAUGACAUACAAGCAAUGUUAAUGCUUCAGGAAAAACUUGAUAAUCGAUUUUCAACAAAUUUGGUGAUUGUUUUAACACAUGCAGACCAAAUUAUAGCAAGAGCUAAUGGAGAAAAACCAAAGACUGAAUUCUACAAUGAUAUAAUCAAAGAUUACAAGGAAAAAAUACGAAAAGCAUUGAAAGAUGACUUGAACCUCAAUGCUGAGAUGGUCAAACAAAUCCCCAUAAUCCCUGUGCAACAUCACAAUCACCAAGAAAUUCUCCCAGACGGGAAAAGAAUUUACAAAUCAACUCUCCCAGAUGGGACAAGAUGGCUAUCAGCUCUUUGGUGUGCGUGCUUUAAUGCCACCUCCAAUAAUAUUAGCAAAUCAAAAUGGAUAGAAAACCUUCAAGACCGAAUAGUAGACACACCAGAUCCGAAUACUGAAAAAGCUCGACAUCAAAUAAUCUUGCUAAAUGACGACUUUCCCGAGACGCUGCAGGAUUAUAAGAAAAAGUAUCAGAAGAGAGGAGGUUUGCUAGGGAUUUUGGGUGGUCCACUGAUGCUAAUAACGAUUCCACUGGGAAUAUGGGUUGGCCGUCAAUAUGGAAGGAAAGAAUACCAACUUGACCUUCAAGACUUUGAAAUGAAAAAAAAAAAGCUAAAGGAAAGCCAUGCAGAAACUGUUGCAUGAACGUUAGUAACAGUCAUGUGCAUAAGUUAAAUAAUAAUAUUAUGUAUCAAUUAAGGACGUAUAUAGAACUCAAUAUCAUCAAAAUUCAAAUGACAUUCAUACAGAUGUAGGUGUCUAUUUUAGCAUGUUGCAUUUUGACUUCUGAGAUCAAAGGGAACA